GGAAAUUCUGAAGACCGAGAUUUGCCAAUGCCCCUUUUUUCUGUGCUCCCCAUGGCCAAUUCCUUUGGGCUCGCUUGCCCGCGUAUAUAAACGAGCGUACAGGACCCGUUUCCACAGCUGCGACUAGAAUUAUUGCUAUUUCCUCUUCCCCAUACACAUAUUGGACCUUUAGUCUCGGCAUUAUUUUGCUUUUAUUUUUCUCGAAAUACUAAGCAUGACAGUGGAUGAUAUGGAGAGCAAGCCACACGCACGGACGCCGAUCCUCAGCUGGGACAACCUGAACUACGAGGUUAAGACCAAGGACGGCACGCGACAGCUGCUACACAAUAUUUCUGGCCAGGUCUAUGCCGGCGAGCUGGUUGCAAUCAUGGGGUCCUCAGGAGCCGGCAAGACCACGCUCCUUAACGUCCUGGCCGGCCGCGUACAGGGCGGCAGGCUCGCAACCCGCACACCUACAAAGCGCAUGCUGGCGUUUGUCGAGCAGGACGAUCUGAUGUUUGCGUCGCUGUCUGUCGAAGAGACACUGAUGGCUACACAGAGGCUGGAUAAGCAGCGGCGAGUCGCCGAGACUCUGCGGCAGCUGAGGCUGUCGCAUGUCAAGGACACAAAGAUUGGCGGGUACGGCCAGCGCGGUGUUUCAGGCGGUGAGCGCAAGCGCGUCAGCAUUGGCGUCGAGAUGGUUACCGAUCCGAAGCUGCUGGUGCUUGAUGAGCCGUCGUCUGGUCUCGAUUCGUCAUCGGCCGAAAUGGUCGUCGCCUUGGCCAAGGAGAUGGCGCAGCAGCGCCAGCUCUGCACCCUGAUGACCAUUCACCAGCCCAGCACCGAGAUGGUUGCGCGCUUCGACAAGCUGAUUCUGCUGGCCCAAGGAAAGCUCGUCUAUAUGGGCCCAGCCAAGGAUGCCCUGUCGUACUUUGAGUCGCUCGGAUACCCAUUCAACACAUCGGAACUGCUCCUGAACAAGUCGUUUGCGUCUGCAGCUACCACUAACGACCUGACGGACUAUUCAGGAAAAGACCAAACCUGGCAGUGCCGGUGCAGCCGCUGCAAGAGGUUGUUCAGCAGCAGCAAUGUGCGCGAUAUGACCGGUGAGGCUGCGUACCUUGCUACCUUCGAACCGCCCCCGAUGAACAGGUGGAUCGACGAGCGUGACUGGCUCCUGUGCACGCGCAACUCGGCGCUGGUCUUUGGCCUGUUUGCCGAGUGUCUGGUAAUGAUGGUCUUUAUCGGCUUCGUGUUCUUCCAGCUUGACAACUCGCAGUCGUCCGUGCAGAAUCGCAUUGGUGCUCUGUUCGCCCUGACUGUGCAGAGCACAUUCCCUGUGGUCAUCCCUGUGAUGACUGUGAUUAUGACUGGCCGCGACGUUCUGAUGCGUGAGCGCUCUGGUGGUACGUACCGCAUGUCGAGUUUCUUCAUUGCCAAAUCGCUCAGCUUCUUCCCGCUUGUGUUUAUCCCGUACUUCGUCAUGUAUACGGGCAUUUAUUUCAUCGCGCACUUCCAGUAUGUCGCGCACAAGUACUUUAUCGGCCUCGGCAUCCUGUCGGCCCUGCUUUUGGACGUUGCACAUAUCAUUGCCCCUGUUGCUUUGGCCACGCUCAUGCUUAUAUCUGCAUGUAUUAUUAUGCCUACUCCGGGCUUUAUGCAAAACGAGUUCAAUGGGCUCGAAUUCACCUGCGGCGAUAGCUCAGCCAUUUGCUAUUCCUCUGGUAAGGAUGUCAUUGACACCCGAUCUUCGAAAGCACAGCUGCUGAAUCUUGUGCUUGGGUUCGCUUUUUAUGCUGUCGCGUACUGUCUGCUCAGGUGGAUGACAAAACCUCGGUAUCUGUGGAUCUAAAGCCAAAAAGAUGACACCACAAGUGCCAUUUUUCAUAUAGAAAGCAAAAUUUUAUAAAUACA